GUAAUGGGCCUAAAGCAAUCCUAUCACUCUUCUUGGGACAUUACAACUACAAUACCUUCGUCGGAGAUUUUCGAGAGCGUUAGAGAGAGAGAGAGAGAUGGCUGAAACAGCGAGAAGACAAGGUGGUGGUAGGCCGUUGCCGCCGCCUCCGAGAGGCGUUAAUCAACAACCUCCUCGCCCUAAAACCGAACCUGUCGAUCGCGAGAAGACAUGUCCCCUGCUUCUUCGUGUGUUCACCAAGCAGACGGGUGGUCAUCAUACGAAGGAAGAUUAUGCUGUGAGAGGCAAAGAGCCUAAGGAUGAAGUUCAAAUCUACACUUGGAAAGAUGCUAAUCUUCGCGAGUUAACAGAUUUGGUCAAAGAAGUGUCUGUAGCAGCUAGGAGAAGAGAUGCAAGGUUGUCUUUUGCGUUUGUUUAUCCAGACAAGAAUGGCCGCUUUAUUGUCAGACAGGUUGGUCAGACGAUGUCUUAUCCAAACCGAAAGCAACCAGACGACAGUAAAACACUCGCUGACCUUCAUUUCGAGAUUGGUGAUUAUCUGGAUGUGGCUAUCUACUGAGAGUUGGUUUCUGUUUCUCGUCAAUUGAGCUUUAGGUGUGUGUGCACAAGUGAAAGAACGCAUUCAUGGUUGUUUCCGUUUCAAAACUUUGUUUAGACACAUAUGUUUAUGUAUCUUUGGAUCUGGUCUUGUGCACUAUUGAUUUAGUAAAACAUGUUCUACUUUUUGAUUAA